AUGUAUGAACUCCUUAAAUAUCUCAUCCCUCCCCCCGAACUCCUUCGGUCUCUCAUUUGUCCCCACGAACUCCUUCGGUCUCUCAUCCCCUCCCGAAGAACUCCUUCGGUCUCAUCCUCCCCACCGAACUCCUUGGUCUCUCAUCCUCACGAACUCCUUCGGUCUCUCAUCCCUCCCCACCGAACUCCUUCGGUCUCUCAUCCCUCCCCACCGAACUCCUUCGGUCUCUCAUCCCUCCCCACCGAACUCCUUCGGUCUCUCAUCCCUCCCCAUUUAACUCCUUCGGUCUCUCAUCCCUCCCCACCGAACUCCUUCACCUCAUCAUCCCCUCCCCCACCGAACUCCUGGUCUCUCAUCCCCCUCCCACGAACUCCUAUGGUCUCAUCCCUCCCCACCGAACUCCUUGGUCUCUCAUCCCUCCCACCAAACUCCUUCGGGUCUCUCAUCCCUCCCCACCGAACUCCUUUGGUCUCUCAUCCUCCCCACGAACUCCUUGGUCUCUCAUCCUCCCCACUGAACUCCUUGGUCUCUCAUCCCUCCCCCGAACUCCUUGGUCUCUCCCCCCCCGGCUUCUUUUUGGCCUCUCAUCCUUCCCCCACCAACUUCUUUAUUUAUCAUCUCUCAGUUGCGUUUCUAUCUUUCAGCUGA